UGCUGUUAAAGCCACAACACGUUCCCUCACAAUUUCCAACACACAAUUCAGUUCGUCGUCGCCUGUCUUACGUAGCGCACACACUCAAUUCGCGUUGCGCUGCAUUUUCCAUACACAAACACACACACACAACUCGCGUGAAAUACACUUCAGGUGUGCGUGUGUGAGUCUUUAUGCGUGCGAGUGUUGCAUUUACAGUUACAGUUACAGUUACACACAUGUAAAACAAAUACAAAGUGCCACAAAAAUGAUGCAAAAUUGACAAGUGCAAACAAGUGAAGAAUUAAAAGAAAGAUACAAUAUCCAGCAGAUACAAUAUCUGAGAUACACUCUAACACUCUCAAAAGCUAAUUGCUCUGCCAAAAAAUGCUCGUCGGCUCGCAUCCGUAUCUAUGCAAUGGCGUUUUACCGCCCGUUGCUUCCACAAACAACAACAACAACAACAAUAAUGGAGCCACGGCAACGGCAACAACAACAACGACAACGACUGCGAGCAGCAAAAGUGCCGCCGGCUCCGCAACGGAUUUCUCAAUAGCCGCAAUUAUGGCACGCGAGGAAACCUCCAGUCGCGAAUCCUCGGUGCGCAGUGCAAGUCCCAUUUCGGUUGAGGAUGAGGUCGAUGUGGAUGUUGUUGACUGCAGCGAUGCUGAGGAGCCGCCAGCCAAGGCGCGACGCCUUAACCACCAUCAUCAUCAUCAUCAUCACCAACAUCAUCAUCAGCAGCAUCAUCAUCAGCAGCACAGUCACAACAACAACAACAACAACAACAGCGUGUCACACAAGAGUCGCAAUGGCGCCGUCGCCGUCGCCGUCGCCGCCGCCGAAUCCCAGCUGAACACCAGCUCGACAAGCAGCCAAGGACGCUGCUCAACCCCGCCGCAAUCGCCGGGCACGGAGGACAGCGAGGAGCGUUUGACGCCGGAGCCGGUGCAGAAGGCACCAAAGAUUGUCGGCUCGUGCAAUUGCGAUGAUCUGAAGCCGGUGCAAUGCCAUCUGGAGACCAAAGAGCUCUGGGAUCGCUUUCACGAGCUGGGCACCGAAAUGAUCAUCACCAAAACGGGCAGACGCAUGUUCCCCACGGUGCGCGUCUCGUUCUCUGGGCCAUUGCGUCAGAUCCAACCUGCCGAUCGUUAUGCGGUGCUGCUGGAUAUAAUACCGAUGGACUCGAAGCGCUAUCGUUAUGCAUAUCAUCGGUCCGCCUGGCUGGUGGCUGGCAAGGCAGAUCCAGCUCCGCCCGCCCGUCUCUAUUCCCAUCCGGAUAGCCCAUUCAGCUGCGAGGCGCUGCGCAAACAAGUUAUCUCCUUCGAGAAGGUCAAGCUGACUAAUAACGAAAUGGAUAAGAACGGACAGAUUGUGCUCAACUCGAUGCAUCGCUAUCAGCCGCGCAUUCACCUGGUGCGCUUGUCGCAUGGCCAGAGCAUACCCAGCAAUCCGAAGGAGCUGCAGGAUCUCGACCACAAAACCUACGUGUUCCCGGAGACGGUGUUUACGGCGGUCACCGCGUAUCAGAAUCAGCUGAUAACCAAAUUGAAAAUCGAUUCGAAUCCGUUCGCCAAGGGCUUUCGCGACUCGUCCCGCCUGACGGACUUCGAUCGGGAUCCGAUGGAGGCGCUGCUGCUGGAGCAGCAGCUGCGCUCACCGUUGCGCCUCUUUCCCGAUCCGUUGAUGCAACAGUUUGCCCAGCAGGGCGCCGCCGAUCCCGCCUCGAUGGCGCUCUUCGAGAAGGCGCGCCAGCAUCUGCAAAUGUUCGGCGGCAACUCCCCCUACGCGCAGCUGAUGAUGCCCCAGAUGUAUCAGGCGGCAGCGGCGGCGCCACCGCCGCCCGGCCUGGGCGCCUUUCACAUGUUCCAGCAGCAAUGGCCGCAGCUGACCGCCGGCUUUUUGGCCAGCGCCAAUCAGCAGGCGGCCGCUGCCCAGGCCGCCGCACAGGCGCAGGCGCAAGCGCAGGCCGCCGCGGCUGCCGCAAUGGCCGCCAAUCGCACACCCCCGCCGCCGCCGACAGCGUCAACGCCCUCGUCCACCUCGUCGGGAUCACCGUCGCCCGAUAUGCGACCGCGUCAAUAUCAGCGCUUCAGCCCGUAUCAGUUGACCGCGCAGCAGGCAGCGCAGCCGCCGCCGCAGUCGACGCACUCGGCAGCAGCGGGCUCGCCGUCGGCGUCCGCCUCGCGCAGCCCCGCCCACUAAGCGCACGUUGGACCCAGGAAAAAACAGUAUUAAUCCAAAAAAAAAAAAAAACAAAAA